GGACUCUCCUGUGGGUGCAGCUGAACCCCGGGCGGCACCGUCUGGGCGGCUCCGCCCUGGCUCAGGUUUUCGCCCAACUCGGCGACGACGUCCCCGACCUGGACGAGCCCGGCAGCCUCGAGGGCGCCUUCAACGUCACCCAGGAGCUGCUCCAAGAGCGGGCGCUGCUGGCGGGACACGACGUCAGCGACGGGGGCCUGCUGGGCUGCGUGCUGGAGAUGGCCUUCGCCGGGAACUGCGGCGUCACCGUCGGCGUCCCCGCGCCGCCGCCCGGCGUCACCCAGGCGCCGGGGCCGCGCGUGGCCGUGCUCCGCGAGGAGGGCAGCAACGGCGACCGCGAGAUGGCGGCCGCCUUCGCCAUGGCCGGCUUCCAGGUGUGGGACGUGACCACGCAGGAUCUCUGCUCCGACGGCGCCUCCCUCGACGGGUUCCGGGGUUUGGUUUUCGUCGGCGGCUUCAGCUACGGCGACGUGCUGGGCUCGGCCAAAG